AUGACCCAAAACAUCUACGACACGGAAGACUUCUUCCACAACUACGCCCAGCUCCCCCGCAUGAAGCAGGGCCUGGCCGGUGCCUCCGAGUGGCCCCUUCUCUACCGCAUGCUUCCGCCCGUCGCCGGGCGCCGGGUUCUCGACCUGGGGUGCGGCGACGGCAUCCUCAGCCUCUGGGCGGCCAGCGAGGGCGCCGCACAGGUCAACGCGUACGACAUCUCGGUCAACAUGCUGCAGCGCGCCCGCGAGAAGGCCGAGGCCCUCUUCGCUGCCGGUGACGACAACCGCAACAAGAACAAGAAGCCGCCAGUGUUUGCGCGCAUGGACCUCGAGGACGUCAACCUCGACAUGCCAGACGGCUCCGUCGACGUCUGCAUCAGCGGCCUGGCCCUGCACUACGUCUCCAACUUUGACGCCCUCCUGAGCCGCGUCUUUAGGGCCAUGAAGCCCGGCGGCUCCUUUGUCUUUUCCAUCGAGCACCCAAUGUACACGGCCCCCGUCGUCCCCGGAUUCCGGCCCAUGGUGGAAGACGCUGCCGCCGCCGAUGCCGCCGUCUCUUCCCAGAAUGCGACAGGCAGUAGCAGCGGCCAGGGGUCGGCGGCACAAGAUAGUGGUUCCAAGUUCUUCUGGCCCGUCGACAGCUACUUCUCCGAGGGCCAGCGCGAGGUGACCUGGCUCAACGGCGGCGUCCAGAAGCAGCACCGCACCAUGGCCAGCUACUUCAACAUGCUGGUCGCCGCCGGAUUCGUCGUCAAGGACAUGGCCGAGUGGGGAUCGACCGAGGACGCCCGCCGCAAGCACCCGGACUGGCCCGAGAACGUCUGCCCGCGCUUCCUGCUGCUGGCCGCUCAGAAGCCUGCCGCCCUUGAAGAGCCCGCUUCCACCCCUGCCAGGUUGUAA